GAGAGAGAGAGAGAGAGAGAAUUAUGUCUCUCUUUUCAGAGAAUGUGAAUGCCACAGAUUGGUGGCUCCUGCAGGGCUGGAGCCCACAGGCCCAAUGGGUUGUAUGGGACAGGGCACUGCCUCACCAGGGAAUGGCCUGACCUGCCUCUUCUACACACACAUGAAAUGUUUUGAGGCAGCAACCCUUCUAGUCUCUCAUGCCAGCGCAGAAACGUGUAUCUAUAACAUGGUGUGGCCUUAUAAUAUCUUCCCAUCCAAGAAUUUGGUUUUGGCAGUAAUGAGUUGUGAGAUGCUUGCCAUUAUUUUCCUGCAUCUUUAGAUUAAACUGUUCCACUGUGUGACAGUAUUUUUCUUUAGAAAACUGUGAUUAGUGGAGGUACUGGAUUGGUUUCUGCAUAAGAUAACAUAAUUACUUUUGGAUAACAAGUACCAAAACAACAGAAUUAUAAAUCAUUUGAGUUUGGACAGGAACCCACUGCAGUCACUGAAUACUAUCCUUUGAUGGAUAUUUAAGGAGGAGAUGGAGAGGAUUUCUGAGGAAAUCAUCACAGCCUCACUGCUUUGACAAACAGCAAGUGUUAAUCCCUUAUUUAAUUUUGUGUCUCAAGUCAGACCAUACCCGUGUUUUCUGUAGCCUUUUAUGUACCCUUUUGGACUUUGGAUAUGCCAUGUAAAAGUAAUCAUACCUCCUCUAAGACAGCAGUUGCCUAAUCUUUCCAGUGCCUCUCUUUGUCUGCAGAAAUAAAUGCCUUCACACCACCCACACACCCCAGGAGAGCAGCCUGCCCCCCACUCCCUGCCUCUGCUAUGGUAGCAGCGACAUCCAUUUGCUUUCAGUUACAGAGUUAAGGGUGGUGUUGUCACAGCUGAAGGUGAUGUUAAGUGUCUCUCACAUCAUCACUUGUCUUUCCCUUUCACAAUGACUCUUAGAUAGUUGAAGCUUUGGGCUACAAUUUAAUCUGGUCUAGCCUUAUGGAUUUGGUUGUUCUGUUUGGUUUUGUAAAACUUUAUUCCUGUUUGGAUUCUUAAAUGUGACUAAUAUAGAAGUCAUAUACUCAUUAAACCAGAGCCUUUUCUAGAAUAACUAUAAAACCAAACAUUUAAAGAAAGUCUACUUAUCCAUUUUAUUAAUAAUCAUACCAUCCCUUGUUUGUAGAAUAUUCAUUGCUAAUCCUCAUCUAUUUACUUUGGAGAAAUUUAUCUCUUGUCUUUCCUUGUCUUAUUAGUUCCUUGUCUUGCAUCUACCUGUUAACAUAUUCAUGCAAUAAAUAUUCCAGCCAUCUAAUUACCCGCUAUAUUCAUAAGUUGUUUCAAAGAAGCCAUGAAUGUAUUGUGAUUUAUUACAAAAAGAUCUAAUUAAUGGAUUCUAAAUGUUAUUUUAUAGGUGGUAUCAAGGCUAUUUUCAGCAAAAGUUUCUAAUUGAAAACAUAUAGCUUUACCAACAGGACAAGUGUUCAGUGCAGAUAAGAGAUUACAUCACCAUGCAAUAAUAGUGAAGAGCCCUUGCUAUAGCUGGGCAAGAUACAGACUUCAGGCUCAGCAAGGUGCAGACUCAGAAUAAACAGCUGCCCCCCAAAACUUCUUAUUAAUGUGCUAUGAUGAAAGCCCUUAGGAGACACUUGUGAACUGGGAAAAUUACUUUUUCACUGAAACUGAUAAAUAAUAUAAAGAUCAAAAAUUGCUUGUCCAUCAGAAGUAUAUGUCUAUCAGGUACAAAAUCAGCCAUCUAUAAAUGUGGUAUUCUCUCUAUUCCUGUUUAUUUUUAAGAAAGACAUUUGAGAUGCUUGACUUUUGCAGAGCUCUUGAACCCAAGGUCACUGAAGUUAGAUGCAUUUCUGUUAAUAUUCUUAGCAAUUUUUAAUAUGCAUAGUUGAUAUCCCGAACAAUGCCCACUUAAUGCACUUAAUUUCACAUAUUUUCUUUUGUAUGCUUAGUAAUCAUGGAAAGGUCACUGAUCAUUAUAUUCUUUGAAUUAUAGGCUAUGCAUUUUGGACUUUUAUUCUAUUAAAUUAUUCAGUCUUGAAAUAAAUGUUUAAUUGGGAAUAGUUCACUUUAUGUGAUCAACCAUGGAAUGAAUGUAUAUAUUAAUAUAUAAUGCAUCUAUAUAUUUUAUAUACAUAUAUAUGCACUUUUUUUUGCCUAGAUUUUGAAACCAAGUAGAGAUCACUAUAUUUUCCUCCUUCAAAAGGAGUGGAAAAUAUUGUGUAAUAUUGCCCAAACUGAAGCUGGAUCUACUCAAAAUGCUUGCCUUUUAAACUUUCCACUAAAUGGGGGACGGGUGGGGAGAGAAUAAUGUUUGUUGUUUGAUGUAAAGGACACUGAUUUGUUUAUUUUUAUAUAUGGUUUCAUAUUCUUCUAUAUGCUUUCUGGUAAACUGUAUCUUUGAUGUCUAGCAAGAAAGUCUCACUUCUUUCCAGUCUUAUAAUUUAAUGCUUCAGUGAACUUGCAUUACUUCUGACAAUUUUCACAUGUACACAAUGAUUGUGUGUCUCAUAUAUCUGCAGUUUGAAGUACUUAAUAGAUUCAAAAUCAGCCUUGUAUAGCAAGCUUUCUAUGUCAAACUCAGUUAAUUUAUAAAGACACGUAUUAUGAGAAUAAAAAAGAAAUUUCCAUUAGGGAAAUCUGUCAGUGGAGAAUGGAAUUUGAAAGUCAUUAAGUACCAUCAUCUCUUCAUAUGUUUUAGUAGUAGUAACUAUUUUUUUAACAGCAGUCUCCUACUGCUCCAUCAGUCUGACUGGAAAUCACAGCAGUUUCUAGUAACUGAUGUCUGUUCAUCUUCCUUUUAACUGAUUAAAAUCCUCUUUUCAAUCUGUAAUGAGAAACACCUUGGUCCUGUAUUCAAAUAAUAAUGUUCUUCUGUCUUUGCAUAUUAUUAAAAAUACUUCCUGGUAUUUAGGAUACAGCAAUAUAUUAUAAAAUACACCUUGCUCUAUAUAAUUUUGGUUUGGUUAUAUUUCCAAGUAGUUGAACAAUUACCCAUUCUGUAGUUUUAUUUUUUUUCUCUCCAGAAACGCUGUUCCUAUAUAUGCUCCAUCUUCAAAAUUCCAGGUGGUCCCAAAAAUGUCUCUUUAUACUAACUAUAUUAAAAGAGAAGCUACCUAAAUAGGUCUAGGUUUGAUUCAAACUCACUGCUCCCUUGGCCCCACAAUCAAAAUCACACACAUUUGACUAAGCUUUCGGAGACAAACUCCACAGCUUUUCAGAGUCAUUUUUCAAAUGUGAAUGCUUUAUUUUAAUUGUACAUUUAGACUUGGAGCACAUUAAUGCAAGGUGCUGAGUGCUUUUAAAUUGUCUUGUCUUUCAUCACUGCAUAUACUGUGUAGUCUGACCCUUCUUUGGGAGGAGUUACUGCUGAAAAUUGCUGGAAGACUCAUGUAAGAUGCUUGUCUCAAGAGGAAAUAUAUUUAUUAAAUUAGGAUCAAAGGAAUACCUAUGUUUGUAAAUUGCAUUCUAAUACAAAGACAGUUUUGUUCCUUUUAAAUAUAUUGGCUUUGAAAGUGGAAUCCUAAUGAAACAGUCCAUGCAAAAUUCUCAGCAGUUGCAUCUAGUUUUCCAAGUAAAGUAAUUUAGGAGGUAGCUGGUGAAAUCCGUAUGGAACACUGCAAGCUGCAGUUAUAUGGGAUAAAGUCCACUUCGAUAUCAGAUUUUACAUUAACUUCUACAAAGAAAGAAAUGUCCCUUAGCUCCAAAGUUUCUGAACCAGAGGUCAUGAAAUGCUGGAAGGAUAAACCAGCUAGGUUUUGUGAAUGUUUUCUCUGCUUUUGAGCUCUUCCUUAAGGUGUGCAUUAUUGAUCACUAUCGAAGUCAGGAUACUGUGCUAGAUGUAGCUUUAAUUCUAUCUUCUGAAGAAUAUUGUUUUAAUAAUAAUUUGAAUUAUUUGUACUUUAUGUAUAAAUUAACUGUACCAUGAAACUAUUCAGUCUUUAUGAUGAUUAAGUCUCUAUAAUGUCAAUUGCAAAUCCAUUUCAGAGGAGGAUAAUUCAGUCAGAUCAAAAACUAAUGCUCAAACAAACCAAGAGUCUUUUCUCAUUUGAAAAUAAAAUUAACCAAAACUUAGCACACUCUCCAUACUUAGGAUAUAUAAUAAGAAACGUGAAAAAAGUCCAAGAACAGAAAUGGACUCUUUAAAAGAGCCUCCUAAUGAGAAAUAUCAGAAAAUGCUUUGGGUUGGAAGAGACCUGGAAAAUCAUCUCGUUUCAAUCCCUCUUCCAUGGGCAGGGACACCUUCCACUAGACCAAGUUUCCCAAAGCCCCUUUCAAACUGGCCUUGAGCACUUCCAGAGAUGGACAGCCUGGGUCAAUGCUUCACCACCCUCUCAGGAAAGAAUUUCUUCUCAAUAUCUUAGCUAAACCUGCCCUCUUUCAGUUUAAAGAUAUAACCCUUUGUCCUAUCAAAUUCCAAAUAUGGGAUAUGGAAUUUUAAGGUAUGUUAUUAAAAUUUCCUAUAUGGCAUGUAUACAGAAACCAGGAAAAAGGAUCAAUGGUUGCUAAGCAGACAAAACAGAGUUAAAUCUUAUUUCUGAACUGUAUGGUUCAUCAGUACUAGUUAUAACUUAUAUCAAGGUUGUUAGCUUGUUUCAUAUACAUGUUUAUAAAAAGCAAGUGUAUAGCUUAUAUAUUUUUCUGUCUUUAUGCUUACUUUUCUGUCACAUCUUGCUUUACGUAGCUCUGCAUGUAGGAUGUGGCUUGUAUACAAACAUGUAUGCAGCUGAAGUACAAUACAGAAAAUGUUUAAGCACUUCAUCUGUCCAUGAGCUCAAUGGGACUAAUUAUCUGCCUGUCACUUUUACUUGUAUUCAUAGAAGUACUAGAGGUUUGAGUCCUUAAAUUAUAAGCUCUGUGGUAAGGUUUUAGGCAUAUUUACCUCUAUCAUAUCUGCGAACAAAAGUCUAAAAAAAUAAUAAUAGUAAAAGCGUAAACUUUUGUGUUGCUUCUAUACAAAAUACAGGCUCAAUUUUUGAAUUAGAGUACACCAAGAUACCAAUCACUAGAGUUUAUUUAUAUCUUUAAAAUAUAAAAUUGGAUGAUAUAAGUGUAAAACAUUUUCAGCCCUUACCUUCAUAUUCUUUGGUAAUGAAAAUAAAAAUUAUGACAUCAGCAUCCCUUUCAAGCAGGCUAACUGAUGCUGCAGCAUUAUGAGUCAUCUCUUUUAACACCAAACUGCUUUUUUAGAAAAAAGUUUUAAUGGUGAGGUUUGAGGGUGAUACGUGUACAGAUCUUACUCUAUUCAUGGAACAAAGGAAAAAGCAGUAGAAGUUCAGCAUUAACUCUAUGACCUAGAAAGGUAGCUGCAUUUUUUCAACAUCUUGAGCUCUUUGCUGAUACUACUCAUGAACACAGUGGUUUGAGAUGUUCAGUCUGCCUGCACUGGACACAGAGGUGUAUUGUACAUAAUUGUGUAAGGCACUGAAUAGCUACAGAGUGAGAGUGUUUAGUCAACUGAUAGCUGAUCUAAUCUCUCACCAGGAACUGUGAAGUCCUUCACUUGGCCUGUGCUGGGACCAGCAGCAGAGCAGAGCUCCUGAGCUGCUCCCUUGCUGCAUUUGUUGCUGUACUGUCACACUCCCUUGCACUUGCUGCACAGCCAUGGUGCUGCUGCCACCAGUGGUGAUGCCCCAAGGGUGUCAUGGCAGGGUGACUGCAUCAGAAACACCCACAUGCUGUGGGAUCAGGCUGCCCAGGACAGUUCAACAAGGGCCUUAAAAGUAAAGUACUUGGGAAUUUUCUUUUCAGAACACAAUGCUUCAGUUCAAGCCCACCUUUCUCCUAUGCAGUAGGCACUAUGGCAGCCUCUAGCUAUGGUGUAACAUUUUCUGCUUUGGCAAGGGUUGCUGUGGUGGAUGAGGACAGUUGCCCAGUGUAAUUACAUCAUAUACUGGUCUUGAAUGACUGUUUUGAAUUCAGAAAUGGUGAGGGCAACUGUUGACACUCUGCAGCACCAACACACUGCUUGCAGAAGGUCUCUUCUCAUGUCAUCAUGGUUGCCACUUGCCUAUAAAAUUAGUUAAUUCCUGAUUCCUGUGGAUGCCUGGAAGAUCAGGUCAGUGUAGCUUGGUUGAACUGCCACAUCAUCCAGGUCUUCCAUCAAUCACAUUACUGCACGGUGAGGUCCUCAAAGGUUCACAUGCUGCAGAGUUUCAGUUUCUCUGUAUACGCAGGGGAAGAAGAGUUAGGAAUGAUGUUGAGAUCUUCAUUCAGGCCUACAAGGAGCUUUUACUGUUCAGGAUUAUAAUUCAUUCAUUCUACACAUUCUUGUUCAGAGAUGGUGAUGAUUGUAGUUAAUUUAUGGGGUCUAUGAUGCAGUCUACCAAAUAAAUAUGUAACAUCUGUGGUUUUUAGGGCUUGGGCAUCUUCACUAGUGACAAAGCAGCAGUCUCUUCUCAAAAAGGACUAUGGUAUUGUCAGCCUUAGAAUAUAUGUCUAAUUACUGAUAGCACUGCUCAUUGCUAUUCCUUCUCAUUGUCCUGCUGUACUAAGUGUUGGUCAAACAUGCCCUGAGCUCUUGCAGAUAGAGAAAAAAUGUGUCUGCAGGUGCCUGGCUGCACCAAACUGCUGAGGGCGGUUUCCAGAUCAUGACAACUGUAGUCACCACAUAAUACCACAGUUGUCAGGUAUGCAUUAAGGAAAGUAUAGUAAUGCAGCCAUAAUUUGUCCAUAACUUGGAAUAAUUCAAGUUAGAAUGGAUGCUGCAGAACAGAGUUGUCCAGGUAUCCUUGGUGCAAAUUAACAUUUAUUAUAGGGGCAGUGUGGAUGCUUCAGGACAAAAUAGCAGUCCAAAUGCAGACCAUUUGCUAUCACAUAGUACAGUUGCUAACAGCAAUUUACCUAUACUUCUGAAAAUUGCAGUGAGGUAUUCUUGGAGAUCCUGCCACAGAUUCAUCUAAUCAUCCAUAUAGUACUACUUAAGCCUGGAGGUUUGUCAGGGAAAUGACGCUCUGUCCUUUUGAGCUGUUCCCAGUACUUCUUGGUCUAGGAGUUGAAGGAAGCAGUGGAAAAAUGAAAGUUAAUAUCUCUUCAUCACAGGUAUUUGUGGAGACGGAGAUAUUUGUUCUUGGUAGUUUGGAGGGGUACAAUUCACUGGAAGUUCCCCACACACAGCCUACUGAGACACUCACAUCUCAAGGACACUAACUUUGUGUAAACACGUGGGCUGGAAUAAUUUCUUUAGUGACCAUUGCUGAGGAGAAUUGCUUGGUGAGCAGUGGUGGGUGCAGUGACAGCACCUGCUGGCAGACAUGUGAAAAAAAAGGAAUGGCAUAAUCCUGGAAGUAGCCUGAAAGACCUGACAGCAAGAGCAUGGCACAUUUUUUGGGAGCGUGGUUCUAUUUUUAUGAUGUGUAGGUAGCAGAACAUCACUUACCUGCUUACCUUCAGAUGGAAUUCCUUGAUAGGAAUGAGCACCCCAUCAGCCCUGUGACCAUGCAUGAUGUGACUGGGUGUAACCCACAUGGUGGCAUAUGUUCUUAUCAAAACAAGCACCUGUGGCUGCUGCCUUGCCAACAAAGCAGUACAAGUCAUUGUACUUUGUCCUAUGGACUUCCACUUUCUUUCCUUCUCAAUAAGACUGGAAAGAAAAAUUUCCCUCACUUUAGGAGUUUUGUCCAGCCAAUGCCCAUCACCUUAGCUGCUGUGUGCAGAGUUAGCUGGCCAGUGCUGUCACAGGGGCAUGGGAGAGACUGGCAGUGGUGGUCUGCAGCAAGGUCCCCAUGUGGAGCAAUUCUUAUAAUCUGUAGCUCAGCAUAAACUGGGAAACAAUAUUUAAAUACCAUCCUCAUGCCUUCAUGUUUUUUUUUUCAAUUUCUUGAAGUUGAAUAAGCGACCCUUGCCAUCUCGUAUGAAAACAGCCUUUGGUGGAUCAUUUGCAGUCUCUUCUUGCUACUGGAUGAAAGGAUGCUUUUGACAGGAGGCUUGAAAUCUCUCCUUCCCCAUGUGCUAAGAAGAAUAAUUCGGUGCAACAGACUCAGUAUUAGUAAUACUUCUGUAAUGGCAGAAGGCUAUAAACAGGCCAACGUUGUGAUUUUGCACAAGUCCCUGGCUGAUGACUUUGAGAAGUUCUGCCAUGCAAAUGAUGGACCCCUGCCACUGCUGUACAGAAGUCAACCAGGUGACUGGAAAUGUCCUUCCCUGAGUAGUGAUUCUGAUAUCAGGACUGACUGCCAGCAGUAUAGAAAAUAUGAGCAUGGAGCUUGUACUGGGUCACUGAAAAGCCUUAAGGAGUAUUCUGAACAACUCAAGGACAUGGUGACUUUUUAUUUAGGCUGCAGCUUCUCUUUUGAAAAAGCAGUCCAAAAAGCUGGCAUUCCUAUCAGAAACAUUGAGCAAAAAUGUAAUGUAAGCAUGUACAAAACAUCUGUGCCUUGCUACAGCAUUUCUAUGUUUUACUGCAACUUAGUAGUCACAAUGAGACCUAUUCCUGAAAGCAAGUUGGGAGCAGCUGUGCUAGCAACGGCAGAAUUAAAAGAAGCCCAUGGAGCACCAAUUCACAUAGGUGACCCUGGUCUGUUGGGAAUACAAGAUCUUUCUAAACCAGACUAUGGAGAUCCAGUUCACCUUAACCCUGGUGACAUUCCAGUGUUUUGGGCCUGUGGAGUAACAGGAAUAGAAGCAAUUAUCAACUGCAGAACUCCAUUAGCUUUUACUCAUUCUCGUGACUACACAUUCAUCACUGACCUAGAGAAUGACAAUGUCAGAUCCUUAGGGGGAGUCCCACAAGUCCACUGCAUCUCUCAAGAUCCUCUGCAUUUCAGCAUUGUGUCAGCAGAAGCAGCCCAAAAGAUAAAGACUCUAGAGACCCUAAUUGGAAUAGAUCCAGGAGAGCGGGGCGUAAGGCACCUGCAGCGCCAGGGUGAGCUGCUGGGGGCCUGCCUGGCCAUGUCCCACGCGGGGUCCGUGCUGAUAACAACGGGAUUUCCCACCCACUCCACCCAGCAGCCGCCCGAGGAGAACGACGGCCCCCCGGGAGCCCUUGCCAUUGCAGCGAUGCUGCAGGCCUUGGAGAAACAGGUUGCCAUGGUUACAGAUCAGAGAGCCAUGGAUCUGAAUAAAAAGAUUAUUGAAGAAGCUGUUCAACUAGGAAUCCUGAAGAAGCCCAUCCCUCUAUUGAGUUAUCAAAGUGAAAGUGCCAAUUCAGCUUUAAUGUUUUUGUGUGAGAAUGGGAAUCCUGGAAGACCUAGAUUUGAUCACCUGGUAGCAAUAGAGCAUGCUGGGAUGGCUGCUGAUGGCAAUUAUUACAAUGCCAGGAAAGUUAACAUUAAACAUCUCGUGGAUCCCAGAUUUUUAGCUGCACAAACCAUUCCAGGAAUCACAACAACAGGUGUUGGAGAUGGAGGAAAUUAAUUAGGAAUGGGCAAAGUAAAAGAUGCUGUGAAGAAGCACAUAAAAAAUGGAGAUGUUAUAGCUUGGGAUGUUGAAGCUGAUUUUACUGUUGUAGCUGGGGUCUCUAACUGGGGUGGCUACGCCAUCGCCUGCGCUCUGCACGUGCUGCGCUGCUGCGACGCCCACGGCCCCCUGCGCAGAGCGGGCGGCCCACGCGCGCCCAGCCGCAGGCCCUGGCUGCCCGCGCUCCCGGCCGUCCCCAGGGAGGAAAAUCUUCUAAAAACACUUGUGCAGCUCGGGGUCCGCAGUGGCAAAACUGCCAGUCUAGAGAUGGAAGUGGAUGGGCUGCCCUUCUACAGCACCCAUUCACUUGUGAUUGAAAAGCUGCUGCAGGUUGCACAGCAGUGACUGCCACUAAGGAUUUCUACAUGAAGAGUGGCUCCCAUAUCCCAUGUUUUUGAGACUCUCUCAAGGUGUAAAAGAUCAGAAAAAGAUGACUUCUCAUCUCUGGUGUCUUCAACCCACACAGCCUUGCAUUGUUACCCUUACAACAUCUCUGUGAAACAAGAAGAGGAUAUCAUCCACUUGGUCUUUCUUUUCUAAAUUCAGCUCCUGACAAGACCAAGUGAAGGAACAUUGAAUUCUAUCCCAUAGGAUUACUAACACUGAAGCAAUACAUGAGAAAUGGUUGUGAACUGUGCCCAGCUUUUGUCAUUUAAAGCUGUAAUUUUACCUUAACUCCAGAUGAUGACAGCUUGUAGAGAAUUACUUUCUCUAGAUGCUACAGGGGCAAACAGAAAGCAGCUAAAGAUGAGUUCACCAGAACUACACACUUGCCAGGACUCUUGUGGACAACUCGUAAAAUCCCACAGUAGGAGAAGGCCAGCAGAAAGAAGGGGAAAAGGAAGCCAGCAGAGAAGCGGUAGUAAUUGACAUUGUGCUCCCAUUUCUUGAUGGGGUAAUGCUCAAAGCACACCAAGUGGCUCUCAGCAUCCAUACUGAUCUCCCCGUGUGUGAAGACAAAGCAGCAUGUCAUAAUUUCUUUGGCCCAGAUAAUGAUGCUGACGAUGGCAGCAGCCUUCAUGGUCCGAAAGCGCUGGAACCGAAAGGGGUGCACCACGGCCAGGUAGCGGUCGAUGGAGAUGCAGCACAGGAAGCCCACGCUGAUGUAGAUAUUCUCAUACAAGAUGAUGCCACAGACUUUGCACAGCAGCUCAUCGUGGGUCCAGUUGUCAUGCUGUAAAGCAUACUGAAGCCAAAAAGGCAAAGAAAAUAUGUACAGCAGGUCUGCUAUAGUCAAAUUGCAAAGGUAGACACCUAAUUCAUUUUUAGCCUUGAUCUGUAAAUACCCAUAGUACAGUGACAGGCAGUUAGCUGGCAAGCCUAAUACAAACACAAAUAUGUACACCACGGGGGAUAAUGUCUCGUGGAUAUCAUGAUUAAUAUUGCAUUUCUCAGUAGCAUUCUCUGUGAAAUUCACCAUCUUCUACUUCUCCCUGUGUAUCACUCAUCAGGGUCCUGAAUAUAAGACUUAAUUACAUUCAGUUUUCAUGUAGAGUUUAUUUCUUCCACAAACCCUUAGGCUGAAGUGAUGACUUGCUGCAGGAUGUUAAUAACCUGAAGAUAAAACACAAGGAAAUCUUUAGAAGGGAUAAAAUUGUUAAAUAUAUAUUACACUUUUCAAAAAGUUGCCUUUUCUUAGCCCUAAGUCUUUGAUAAAGAUAAAGCCUGUCUGGGAAAUCAAGAUGCACAUAACUCCUAGUACAUAAUAGAAAAGUGCCAGAAAAUUAUGUGAUUCAGAAUCACAAAGCAAGUUACAAAUAUUUGUUGUCUUAGCUUUGGAGGUACCUAAAAUGUGAAGAAAUAUCAUCUCUGGUCUACAGAUGGGGCAGAAAAGCAUUCAUCAGAUUUGACUAUGAUGGAAAAGGUGUCUCUGGUAAACCAGCAGUCCACACAGACUUCCUCAGAGGCUGUAUAGUGCACAAAACUAUUGAUUAAUUAUUUCCAUUUCUUAAAUUUCCCUUCACAUACAAGAUACCAUGUAAUAUGCAGUUCAGUUCAGUGGGAUAAAAAACAAAGUGUCUCUUACAGUUACUUGUAAAAACAAUCCUGAAAGCAAGCUCUCUUCCUGUGUUGGAAGGACAUGGUGAAACUCUGGCACAGCGCAUCUCCAUGGUUUCAGUUCUACAGAAUAUUAAAUAUUCACCAUCAACUCCAAACCCCACACAUUUACAACUUUUACAUUUGUAUAUUUCCCCUUCAUCUUCACUGAAUUUGAAUGUAAUUGUUUUCACCUGAAGAAUCUGGUAUAAUCCAAACACAAACCCAUAGAAGCCUUUGCUAUGCUAUGCUAUGCUAUACUGUACUGAACUAUACUAUAACUAUUUAAUACACAGAAACACUGCUGACAGUGGAUCAGCACUCAGUUCUAGGUCAAGCCUGGGCCCAGCUCACAGUGAUGAAACUCUCAACUAAACAGUGAAAUACCCCAUCCAGCAUUUUAUCACCUCAUGGUAUAUUCACAUGGGCACAGAUGCUCAGCACUGGAGAGCAGCAGGGCAAACUGCCUAGUCUGAAGGAAAUGCAUGUUUUACCUGAUGGUAACAGAACAGCAAGACUGUAUUUCUUUCAAUCUCUGCUCAGAAAAUUCAGGGAUGUUUGGUAUACCAUUCUAAGGUAACAAUGGUACUCUUGUGUACUCUUUUCACAGCUUCAUAUACUAUGGAUUCAAAAGAAGCACAAUCCAAAAAAAAAGGCCUUGCUGUUUCUUCCUUUUUGCUAUA